UUUCGACUUCGAAAGGAAUUGGACUCUUCUCCUCCAAAGUGUAUUAGUUUCGUCUUGGAUUUUUGUAUUUAUUUGUUGUUUAUUUUUGAUUAAAAACCAUUACGACUUCAUAAGAACCUUUUCGCUUGAAUUGCCGUUGAAAAUCUGACACUUUGUUUUGUAGGAAAAGCUCACAUUACUGCUCGAUCAAUACGUGUAUUCUUUGGUCCUCCUUGUUUAUGCGGAAAUGUCACGCGGAAAAACGACGGUCGUAAGGAAAUCUGGUGGCCAGGUUUGGGAAGAUCCUACUUUACUCGAAUGGGAUCCUAAUCACUUUCGUCUUUUUGUAGGAAAUUUAGGAAACGACGUUACGGACGACACUUUGAGAAAUGCAUUCCUUGAAUACCCAUCACUAGCGAAAACAAAGGUUGUCCGUGAUCGUGAAGGAAAAACACGCGGGUUUGGCUUUGUUUCCUUUCGAGACCCUGAUCACUUUCUACGAGCUUGGAGAGAGAAGAAUGGGAGAUACAUUGGCAGUCGUCCUGUUAAAUUAAGUCGCGCAAACUCUGAUGUUACACCGGCGGAUGUCAGCGACACGACAUUAGAUUCCAAAAUUCGUAAUUCAUUGUAUUCUAGGACAAAAUACCAUAGCAAUCGGAUCAUUAAAAAGAAGAAAGAAAAACGUUCAUCAAAGUCAUCAAAUCAGGCCGCAGCAGCAGCAGCAGAACUCAUGGCUUCUUCCGCAGCUCCCAUCACGCAAACGGGCUCAUCUUCUGCUGUCCAUCAUAAGAACACCCACCCCUCUUCAAGGAUGGAGUCCUAUUCCAAACGGGACUAAGAUUGAUAGAGCUAAUUAAUCUCGGUUUGUUGCAUACACAAUUUGCUUCUCGGGCAUGCUAAGAGCUUCGUACACGGCGUCAUAAGUUUCCUUUGUAGCCACUUGCUCCAUCAACUUCAAGGCCCAAAUCAAAGCGGUACCAGGACCCAUAGAAGUAAUCAAGUUGUUUUCGACGACAACUGGUUGUGGCACAUAUCGAAAGCCAGACUCUUCCAAAUCCUUGCGGACAGAAGGGUGACCAGUGAUUUCAGUAGCAGAAAGACCAGUCGUCUUGGCUGCCAAAGUGCCGGCACAAAUCAUACCGAUGACCUUACCGGACUUCUUCCAAUAAGAAGUAACGAGCUUCUUUACAAAUUCGUCAGUGGAAAGGGUCUUCGCGCCCUUCAUACCACCUGGAAUGAUGAUAACGUCGUAAUGAGAAGCAAACUCCUCAACACUCUUAAACUCUUUCAAUGAGCGCUUUGCGUAGAGUUGGACGCCACGAGACAUCGUGACUAGCUUCUCGGGAUUUUCACCCACAUAGACGCUGUCAAUAGGAAUUUGAGCUCUGGUGAAAACACCCCAGGGAGCUGAAAAUUCAAUUUCAUCAUUUCCGUCAGCAACAAAAAGACAUACGUUCACCAUUUUUGAUACUGUUGUUUAUUCGACUAUGAAAUCUCUUUCUCUUAGAUUACAGUGGUUUGCUGUUGGUAAAUCUGUAGCACAUGUCCCUCCUACUUAUAUGCUCAUCCUGUCAACAUACUCAGGUCAUAAUUCACGUCAAAAUGCUGUACCCCAGGUAGGGGAAAAGCUUCGACUUUUUUCGAUGAGUAUUCUUAUAAGAAGUUAUUACUAUAUUUAUAUAUGAGUCGUAACGUCAUAUGUAACAAUGUUACUUGGUUUGUUUAUUUACAGAAUUUUUUCUUUUUCUGGCAUCACUAAUGAAUAAAAGAGAUUGGAAUAAAAUAACUGAGAAAGAAAUAAAAAAUAGCUUUGUAAGUUUAAAUAAAAUACCAAAUUCGUGCAUUCUAUGAUACA